AUGAACGAUGAAGAUAUCAGAGCUGCAGUCCAGGAGCAUCUGGACAAGCAUCCGAUAAAACCAUGGUACAAUCCAUUCCAGACUGCAGAUAUAGACCUGGUACGGGGAAGACCUUGGAUCGAGGAUUUAGCUCGGAUCCCCAGUCAAACCUUAAAAGUCGAAUUUCUGCCAAACUCCACAGACGGCACGGCUGUUGUGUUCACACAAGAGGCUUUGUAUACCCUCUUCCGCCCCUUUGGCAAGCUGCUGGACAUUCAACCUCAACCGCUGGAAUCAAAGGUUGAGCCGAGGUAUGCCACCUUGCGAUUCAUCCGGCCCCGAUUUGCAGUGAUGGCAAGAAACUGCAUGCAUGGGUAUGUUGUGUCUGCGGCAGAGGGAGGUGGCAAAGCUGGCACUCGCUUCAAGAUCAACUACGAGCGCAAGAUCAAGAUGUCUAUGAUCAGAGAUUGGAUUGUCAACCAUCCCCGCAUCGUGAUCCCCGCUCUGGCAGCCUUAGUGGCGGCAAUCACGGUGAUCAUAUUCGAUCCAGUUCGAACAUUCUUCAUCAAGAUGAAAAUCAAGUCGUCCCUCCAUACUGAAGAGUAUCCAGUGGUACAGUGGAUUCGUAAACAAGUCAGCAAAGCCAACAGGAUCUACUUCGGUGACCGCCGAACGGAUCCACGCGGUCUGGCAGCUAUCUGGGAAGACCGCCAGAACGACAUCUCGCAGCUGCAAGCCUGGUUGACCGAGACUGUGGAAACGUUCAUAGUCAUAUACGGACCGCGUGGUUCGGGAAAGCGAGAGCUGAUUCUAGACCAGGCGCUGAAAGGCCACAAAUACAAAGUGGUUAUCGACUGCAAGCAACUUCAGGAUGCUCGGGGCGAUACAGCCAAGAUCUCUCGAGCCGCAGCUCAAGUUGGCUAUCGACCCGUCUUUUCAUGGAUGAAUAGCAUUAGCAGUUUCAUCGAUUUGGCUGCGCAGGGAAUGAUUGGUACCAAAGCCGGAUUCUCUGAGACUUUGGACGCACAGCUCAGCAAGAUCUGGCAAAACACGGCGGUUGCUAUGAAGCGAGUAGCGUUAGAGGGUCGGCAUAAGGACGACAAGGACGCACACAUGAGCGACGACGAAUAUCUAGAGGCUCAUCCCGAGAAACGGCCCGUCGUGGUCAUCGACAAUUUCGUGUAUGAGCCGGAGAACUCUAUUGUUCUUGACAAGCUCACCGAGUGGGCGGCCGGUUUGACGACGGCGAAUGUCGCGCAUGUCAUCUUCUUGACUACGGAUUCGUCCUUCUCGAAGCCUCUUAGCAAAGCUCUUCCGAAUCAGGUCUUCCGUACUAUUGUGUUAGGCGAUUGCUCCCUCGAGGUGGGCCGCCGCUUUGUGUUGAGCCACUUGGAUACAGAAGCGAAUGACGGUGCUGAGGGUCUCAAGGAAAGCACAAAGCAGAAUCUUGCCGGCUUGGAUGAUUGCAUUAAAGUCUUGGGUGGCCGCAUUACUGAUCUCGAGUUCAUGGCACAUCGCAUUGAGGCGGGGGAAACUCCUCAAGCUGCAGUGGGCCGUAUCAUCGAUCAGUCAGCCUCGGAGAUUCUAAAGAUCUUCAUUCUGGGCACCGACUCUGUGACACCCCAGUGGACUCGCGAACAAGCCUGGCACCUAAUCAAAACGCUAGCCCAUGCUAAGGAUGGCUCUCUCCUCUACACCAAGGUUCUGCUCUCCGACCUAUUCAAAGACAACGGUGAAGCAACCCUGCGAGCCUUGGAACAGGCCGAACUGAUCUCCAUCGGAUCUGUCAAGGGAUUCCCGCGAUGGAUCAAGCCCGGCAAGCCCGUGUACCAUGCUGCAUUCCAGCAGCUGAUCGAGAACAAGACCUUGAAGAAUCGUCUUGACUUGGUGAUCCUUGGACAGCUCAUUGGCCAGGAGAAUAAGAGUAUCAGCAAGUACGAGGAGGAGCUGCAGGUGCUGGGAUCUCUACCGAAGCACCCUCGGGAGUUGACGUCCCGGAUUGAAUGGCUUCUGCGAAAGAUCCAGGGCUCACAGACCAAGAUCCUCCAGUACGAGAGCGACAGUGCAAUCUUGACGAAGUUGCUGUACAGUGAGAAAUGA